CCCAGCGGCCUUUUCAGCCUACCAGAGGAGACACGUCAACAGUAAGACAACCACUUUUCUAGUAGACCUCAGCUAUUCACUCAUAUAUCGCGUUAUUCUUGUUGUUGCACCUUCAAAUCCCAUUGCAUUAGCCAGUUCCAUGACCACCGAAUCCCAGCAACCCGCUUCCUCUGCCCGUGGAUCCAUGGAGCCCCCCACCGCAUCGUCUUCGUCGCCGGUUCAGCCUCCGACCAGGUCUUCCCCGUUGAGUGGGAUGGUCCAGGGUACGGCGCAAGAACUUCUUCAUCAGAUGGAGGAGAACUUGGGCGGACAGUCCGCGGGCAUCAUGGAUGAGAGGGAACUACUCCAGAUGAGCGAGCCCGGACCUUUGGGCGAAGAAGGCCGUGAUGUGGAGGAUGUGCUCAAUAUCAUCAGCCAGUCCAUAUUUCGAGAAGGCGCAGGGCACCUACUCAUGCGAUUAUCGGAUCGCACGUCCUUGUUGAGUGUGGUGAGUCAUUCACUCUCGGCGUAUAUCACCACAUUGGAGCCCGCCCCUUUACAGCGAUUGUCCGCACGUAUUGCCACUGAAGUCGGCCUAUGGAUGUGCAAGCUCUUUCGAUUUCCCAAUGGAGGGGCGUAUUGCCACGAUGACACCCGAGAAGGUUUGGUCAAAAUGGUACGUAUAGCCUUGUACAAGCACUACCCCAAGAUGGCCACGGACGGCUACGAAUGCCUCUUUUCCAAGCCUCCCGUCAUUUACCUGACCUCCAACACCUACUUGGACACGAUUCAGUUUGUGUGUCGCCAAUUGGGAUUGCCCCUCUCCACCAUACAGCUUUUGAAGAUCGCCCCCAACGAGGUUGGCGCAGCCGCCGAGAAAUCCAUUGAGAAGUCCAUUGAGGAUGACAAAGCGGCUGGAAAAUUGCCCAUCUUUUGUGUGGCCAAUGUGCAUUCGGCCCUGAAUCAGAAUGUGGAUGUGUGUGGGUUUGAAGGGAUUUGCCGACGUCAAGGGGUGUGGCUGCAUCUAGAGGGCAAUGCGCUGGCGGGUUUGGUGCUUCUGAAUGAUAGCAAUAACAAGAAACCCGUACCCACGGGCGACAGCAUGGCCUUAACCUUGGGUUCUUGGAUUGGAGUACCAGCUGUGCCGUUUGUGACCCUCUACAAGCUGAUAGGAUCAGAGGUGGCUGCCACAGAUGCGGGUCUGACCACACUUACCCCAGCUGUGAGACUCAAUUGCUUGCCCUUGUGGUGCGUUCUCCGAUCGUUAGGGGAAAAGCAAUUGAGGGACAGGAUCUUCAAGAUCUUCAAUAUGUUGGAGUUUCUGAACACGAAGCUUUCCCAGUUCACGUUCCUUCGAGUAUUAAGUCAAAGGCUGCAAAGUGAGAAAUUUGUCCCAGUUUCGGAAGUUUCCAAGGGCAAUUUCGAUGUCUCCAAGAUUUACCGAACUGUGAAUCCUGCCCUGGCCUUCCAAUAUGUGUCCGAUACGCCUCCAGAUUCCAACACACGUGUGCCUGUUUAUUUCAAUAAUCUUAACUCGUGGUUAGGACAAACCAUGCAGAGAGACUGUGGACAGAUCCCGCUCGAAAUUGUGGACGUGGAAACCACUGGAUAUGUUUUAAGAUUAUGUCCAUUUGAAAGCCUUUCCUUCUCGGGUGUUUCUUUAAAUCAAGACGAUUUGAAUGGCUUUAUAGAGAGCGUGCAAAAUCAAUCAGACAUUCUAAAUGCCACAGUCGUUCAGAGACAAAAGUUUAUGAAGCUCAUCAGCGAGGAAAUUCGAUUGGAACCCGUCGAAAUCGCCAAUUGGGCGGGCUUGGGCGGGGUUCGAUACAUUCCUUCCGAAUAUGUGGACAAACUUGAGGCCCUCAAGCAGCAAGAGAGUGACGCUAAUGAAGAAGCCAAUGAAGAAGACAGAAUGGUAGAUGCUGAGCAAGUGAGGAAGAAUUUGCAAAAUUCCAAAGACGAGAAGAAAAAGUUGAUUGAUCACCGGAAUAUUCAAUUGGUCCAACAACUUCGAAGUACAGAUUCAGCUUUCUCUCUCGGAGAAGGACCUGACGGCCGAAUUUGCAUUCGAUUUGGUAUGGUGAGCAUGGAGACGGAUGUGGAGGAGCUCUUGGCAUUGGUGAUUAAGACCGGUAUCACAUUGGACCAGCAGCUGGCGCAACUGAAGAACAUGUCCGAAGUCAUCCAGAAAGGCAUAGAGCAAGCCCAAGGGGAGAUUCAACGCGAAUCGGACGAGGCCAUUUGGCAAGAGGGCAUUCUCCGUCAUGUACCUUUGGUUGGAAGUUUGUACAAUUGGAUCUCGCCUUUGCAGAGACUUCAAGUCAAAGGCAGAACUUUGAGUCUGCAAGAAGGCAAAUUGGACACAUCGGACAAGAUUUUCAAGGCCAGAGAUUCGCAAGAAAAGUUGAUUGUGAACCCACAAGAGACCGAGGAGACGGAGGUGAAAGAAGGCAUCCUUGAAGAAGCCCUGAACGAAGACAUUGAGGAUGCUAAAGAGGUCCAGGAAUUGGGAGACGACGCCGCCCAAAAAUGUGCCUCCGAGCCAAAGGAGAAAAACCUUUCGGAGGCCAAAGUCUAGUUGAGGAAACUUAGCACAAUAUUUGACCUUCCUCUUAAAAAACAUUGAUAACAUUGAUCCUUCAAUAUUGGUGUAAUAUUCUUGUACGUGUUUGGAGGGAAGGAAGGAGCCAACCCCGCUUUAAACGAUGUGAUAAUAGUGAUUAUGAACCAGAUCGAGAUACUUUUUAUGAGAUAUGUGCAAUCGUUUUAAUUUUUUACCUUGCUUGAAGCACACCUGACCGAGUUAUAUUGUAUGCCAUUGUUUUGAAAUUCGUUUGUUUCACAAUACACUUUUUACAGAUUGAAA